AUGACAGCGUGUGCCAACAUCGGUCCUGCCUCAUACAACUACGAUGAAACGAUUUCAACUUUGCGCUAUGCAAACCGUGCCAAGAAUAUCCAGAAUGUGGUACGUAUCAAUGAGGAUCCAAAGGAUGCGUUGCUCAGGAAAUUCCAGCUCGAGAUCGAGCACCUCAAGCGUCUGCUCGAGAAAGGUAAACGUUUGCUUGUGCAGUUUAAAAUGUACUGA